AUGGAAAGCAGAAACCAAACUCUCAUCUCUGAGUUCCUCCUCUUGGGCCUGCCCAUUGAAUCAAAGCAGCAAAAUCUGUUCUAUGUCCUGUUUCUGUUGAUGUAUCUCACCACCUUCCUGGGGAACCUUGUCAUCAUCAUCCUCAUUUUCCUGGACUCCCACCUCCACACACCCAUGUAUUUGUUUCUCAGCAACUUGUCCUUCUCUGACCUUUGCUUCUCCUCUGUGACCAUUCCCAAAUUGUUGCAGAAUAUGCAAAGCCAAGACUCAUCAAUCCCCUAUGCUGGCUGUCUGGCCCAGAUGUACUUCUUCCUGCUUUUUGCAGACCUGGAGAGCUUCCUCCUUGUUGCCAUGGCCUAUGACCGCUAUGUGGCCAUCUGCUUCCCUCUGCACUACACCACCAUCAUGAGUCCCCAGCUCUGUCUCUCACUGGUAGCCCUGUCCUGGGGACUGACUAUGUUCAUUUCUUUGCUUCACACCCUGCUUAUGGCUCGACUGUCUUUCUGCAUGGGCAAUGUGAUCCCCCACUUUUUCUGUGACAUGUCAGCUCUGCUGAGAUUGGCUUGCUCUGACAUUCAGAUAAAUGAAAUGGUGAUAUUUAUCUUGGGAGGGCUUGUCAUCAUUGUUCCAUUUCUAUUGAUCUUCACAUCUUAUGUACGAAUCGUGUCCUCCAUUCUCAAGGUCCCUUCUGCCAGGGGUAUCCGCAAGGCUUUCUCCACCUGUGGUUCUCACCUCUCUGUGGUGUCACUGUUCUAUGGAACGAUCAUUGGUCUCUACUUAUGCCCAUCCGCUGAUAAUUCUACUGUUAAGGAGAUUGUCAUGGCUGUAAUGUACACCAUGGUGACCCCUAUGCUGAACCCCUUCAUCUAUAGCCUGAGGAACAGAGACAUGAAGGGAGCCUUGGGGAGAGUCUUUUCAAAGAGGAUAAUUCACUUUGCUUUGGGCCAGUAA